AUACCUCGCACAGAGGCUAUAGAAUUGCAAAUAUAUUUAAAUUGGAUAGCCGAGCGAGGAUUUUGAUUAAAAUAUUUCAACCAAUCGCUUCUAUCCUUAAUAUAUAUCCUAAUGUUCUCAUCACUCAUUCUAUUUCAGUCGUUCACUAAAAAAUUUAAGCAUCAAAUUGAAAAAGAAAUCGUUAAAACCUUAAAACCUUGGUCGUCGUCCUUUUUGAAAAGCCGUGCAGAAAAUGUCUGACAACUAUUGGAACGAUUCUCUGGUCGGUCUGUCUUUGAAUCUGGUUCCCGACUUGAGAGGAUAUGGGGGAGAGGAGGCGGAGGGUCCCCUCUACGACGAGAGCUGGAUGGAGACAUUCUAUGCACCCAUGCCAAAUUACGUACAUAAAUGCACAGGUGUUCUGCUGAUGGUCAUCAUCUACCUGGGCCUGCAUGGCAACGCAAUCACCAUUCAAAUUUUCCUCUCGACCAAGUCACUGCGCACCCCUCAGAAUCUGUUCCUGGUGAACUUGGCUGUUGUUGACCUGAUCAUGGUGAUGUCAUGUCAACCUGUCAAGUGCAUCGCCAGCUUCCUCCAAUACUAUCCCCUCAAUACUUGCUAUGUGUUUGGAACCUUGGCUACCUUUGGUGGUCUGUGUUCUAUCAACUCUAUGGCAGCUAUUGCGUAUGACAGAUACAUAAUGAUCUGCUCCUCGCCCGAGGACAUGACCACUCCAUCCACGAAAAGGUCUCUCUCAAUCAUCGGGGUUGUGUGGGCCUACAAUCUCAUAUUCGCCAUUCUUCCUAAUGUGGGAGUGGGCGGGUUCAUCCUAAAUGGAAGUCGCACGAGCUGCACUUUUGAUUUCAUCUCCCGAACGUGGUCUAAUCGAAUCAACCUGCUCGUCAUGUACAUUGCUGGAUUUCUUUUUCCCCUCGCCAUUUCCAUCUUCUGCUACCUACGCAUUUAUCUCAAAGUCAAGAACGGUGGAUCAGUCUGCAAAAAAGACGCGAAGGGGCACAACAAGGGAAAGGAAAUUCUAGUAGCAAAGGCAUCUAUGCUCUGCAUCGGGGUUUUCAUCAUCACCUGGCUGCCCUACGCAGUAUUGGGAGUGGCGGGACAAUUCGUCGAGCCACAGUUUUUCAACCCUUACAUGACUACUUGGCCAGCCCUGAUUGCAAAGACCAACUGCAUCUACAACCCCAUCAUAUACGCAUUCGCUCAUCCCAGCUUCAAGAAAGAGUUGAAGCGGCGGUUGACUGGUCCAUGAAUGCAAUUACCAACUAACAUCAUGAAGUAUUCAAACAACAUCA